AUGGAAAGCCGUGAACUAGCCUCACAAGAACAACUACCACGGCCAACCUCACAAGAAUCACCAGCCACAACCUCCAAACCAACAUCCCCAGAAGCAAACCCUCUACCCAUCCACCCAACACCACCCUCGACAACAACAACAACAACAACAAAUUCCCACCCAUCCCUCCACAAUCUCCUCCUCCUCUCCGACUCGGCCCUGCCUCUAGGUUCCUUCGCCUACAGUUCCGGUCUAGAAUCCUUUCUCGCCCACCACAACCUAAGCGGCCCCAAAAGCCACGACGCAACCCGUCUUUCCGCCUUUGAGACGUUUCUCGAACAAUCCCUCCACAAUCUCGCUUCGACUUCUCUCCCAUAUCUCCUGACCGCCUGGCACUCUCCCUCUCAGCUCUUCGAUUUGGAUAAUGAUCUGGACGCUAGUACACUCUGUACAGUCGCGCGCCGAGCAUCUAUUAAUCAAGGUCGAGCGCUAAUGGGUGUAUGGGAACGAGCCUUUGCAUCGACUUGUUCGAAUUCCUCUUCUACUAACACUACUACUACUACUUCCACCUCCGCAUCCCAAUCCCUGCACAAAUUCUCCCUCGCCCUCAAAUCCCCUCCUCCCCCAAACCAUCCAUCAUCUCUUCCAGAACUAGUACCCCCACCCACCACCACCCCCCCUCAAGCCCAUUUCGCCCCCCUCUUCGGCACAAUCUGCGCAGCCCUAUCCCUCUCACGCCACUCAACGGCAUAUAUAUUCCUUCUCAACCACGCCAAAGCCGUGCUCUCAGCCGCCGUGCGAGCGAGUAUUCUCGGCCCCUAUCAAAACCAAGCGAUUCUGGCAAGUGGGAAAUUGCAGAAUUGGAUCCAGAAGUGUAUUGAAGGGAAUGAGGCAAGGUCGUGGGAGGAUGCGAGGACGGAGGUUCCGGUGAUGGAUUUGUGGAUGGGGAGGCAUGAGUUGCUUUAUUCGAGGAUUUUUAAUUCUUGAAAUUGAAUGACUUUUUGGGGAGGUUUGUUGAUGGACUUCCUUUUUUUGGGGGAGGGGGAACAAUACGGCAUUUUUUGUCCAUGUCUAGCUGUAUUCAGGCAGUUGUUGGUUCGAUGCUGUGGCGGUCUAGGCUACCUAUGGGCAUGGCAUUAUUUGAUGUGGCUCAGUCUGGGAGGAGUUGCACAAGUUGAUGACGAUGAGCUAUGGUUUCCCAAACGUUCUACCAACUCGCCAUACUAUACCGCUCUUCAAACUCCAUAUUCCUGCUCGAAUGCCAUACUCAAACCUGUCGUAGUCCCAG